AUGGUACAGAAAAAUGAAGAGAACACUAGGAAUCUCAAUGCACAAUUUGGUAACAUGAGUGCUCAAUCGUCCAACAUAACUGAAAUACUUUCAAGGAUGUUUCUACCUCCUUCCAACAAUACCAACACCAACCAAACCUCAAGCUCUUCUAACCUUCGAUCCCAACCCCUUUCAAACCCAAAGGGCAGUCUCAACGCCAUUACUCUAUGGUCGGGGACUAUAUUGGAGGAGAUGCCUCCUAGGGCCAUGGAAGAUCUUCAUGAGGAGGAAGUAGUUGUUGAAGUUCCACAUGAGGAUGAAGGAGACACAAAGCAAGAAGAAGGAGAAGUGAGCCUUAAGGAGCCUAAGAGGAAGGCUAUAAAGGAUGAAUCCAUUCCGAUUCCAUUCCCUUCCAUAGUAAAGAAGGCCAAGAAAACUCCGGAGUUUGAUCCAAACAUGCUUCAAGUAUUCAAGAAGGUUGAGGGAACCAUCCCACUUCUUGAUGCCAUUCAAAAAUUUUCGAAGUAUGCUAAGUUUUUAAAGGACUUGUACACACACAAAGAUAGAAUUGGUGAGUUGGAAACAUUGUCAUUGGGUAGUUCUAUUUCUUCAUUGAUGAAGCCUAUUUCGGAAAAGUAUAGUGACCCCAAACCUUGUUUAGUUGAAGUUAGCCCCAUUGAAAAGGUCGGCCGCCAAAUUUGUCUUAGCCGACAAGAGUGUAAUCACCGUAGUAGGGAUAGCAGAAGAUGUGCUUGUGACCAUCAAGGAUUUGUGUUUUCAGUUGAUUUCUAUAUCCUUGAAAUGCCUCUGACGGAUACUGGAAGUUCUUCCUCCGUUUUUCUUGGUAGACCUUUUUUGAAGACUUCUAAAUUUAAAUUAGAUGCCUUUACCGGCGCAUACUCUUUUGAGGAAGGUGACAAGACCAUCAAGUUUAAUUUGGAAGAGGCCAUGAGACAUCCACCUGAAGAGCACUCCGUCCUCCGUUGUGAUGUGAUUGAUGAGGUAGUAGCAGAGAUACAAAGGGAAGAUCACAAUAGGUUGUACUAUCCUGUUAUUGAGGGGAAGGAUAAACAUGAGGAUAAACAAGAGAAAGUCGAUGAGGAUGAACUUCAUGAUAUUGGUAAAAAAGAACCUCAACUUGAAGCGAAAACUGAAUUGAAGCCUCUACCUUCUCACUUGAAAUAUGCAUUCCUUGAGGGCAACCAAGGGUUUUCGGUAAUCAUUUCUAGUGAGCUCUCUAGCCAAGAAGAAGAGAAGCUCCUAGAAGUCCUAAGGAAGCACAAAAGAAAGCAAUUGGUUGGAGCUUGUCCGACAUUGUGGGGAUUAACCCCCGUAUGUGUAUGCAUCACAUCUUCCUUCGAGAGGGAGCUCGGCCAGUUAGACAACCCCAAAAAAGGAUCAACCCCACCAUUCUUGAUGUGGUGA